AUGUACAACACAAUAACCCGCGCCCAAAACACAUUUGGCUUCUUCACUACGGUGGCCUUCUUCGUCGCCGCCUUCGUCGCCCUCUCCGAUCUCGUCACCCCGCGCGCCCCCUCCGUCGGCUCUCUGAAGACGACAAACAUCCAGGUCGUCAAGGGCCGCCCUCAUUACUACAGCUCCAAAAAAGAGGAGUACGCCAUCAUCAAGUUCUCCCUCGACGCCGACCUCUCGGACCUCUUCACCUGGAACACCAAGCAGGUCUUCGUCUACGUCACGGCCGAAUGGCCCGACAGCUCUAAGGCUGCUGCCGGUACGAACGCCACGAACCAGGCUGUCAUCUGGGAUCAGAUCAUCACGUCUCCCAGCGCCGACCACCUCGCCAACAUUGGCCCCGCCGCCCUGCGCAAGUUGAGGAAGAGCGCCGAGGGCAAGAGCAUCGAUCCGAGCCGUGGCAAGCUCCGCAUCAAGAACCAGAAGCCCAAGUACCAAAUUACCCACCCCUCGAGCAAGAUUGCCGAGACCGACAAGGUCGUCCUGAAGCUGCACUACAACGUCCAACCGUGGGUUGGCAUCCUGACAUGGAACCAGAACCAGGAUAUUGGCAGCUGGAAGGCCCUCAAAGGCGGUGUCAGCAAGAUCUUCAAGCUUCCUGCUCUCAAGGUUAAGGAGAGUAAAGAUAAGAAGCCUUGA